AAUCCAACCACCGAUCCGGCGAAUGUCGUGCAAGCGCUCGUAUACACAAUACUGGAUGUCUUCGAUGCAACGAGGGACCUCUAUCAGACACUAAGGAAGAAGGAAAAGAGGGACCAUGAGCAGGAUUUGAGGGCGAGAGGAUACCCUAGCUCAAGAAAGAUCGAGUACGUCGACGAUUAUGAGACCGGCGGUGACGAGUCCAUCGUCGUGGACAAGGCUGCAGUGACGCGGCAAUUUGAGAUCGGUUUUCAGGACGUUGGAUCACAGUUUGCAGUUGGAGACGCAGUCAUUACACAGACAGCGCUUCAAUCCCAAAUCAUUUCACUGCAGUCCGUAGUAAUAACUACCUUUCUAUACGGACCAACGUCACCGGAACCAAUCUCUCAUCAUCUCUCGAGUCUGGUAGCAGCUUCGCGAGCGGCGGGAACGGGGGCUGUUGAUGUACUCGCAGCUCAGCAGCAACGACAGCUAGGCAUUCUGGCCCCGACUCCGCGGUCAACGCGAUCCCCAGCAGCUGUUCGUGCCAGCGGCGCACAACUUCCUCCAUAUCCAGUCACUGCCACUGGCUCUGCAUCAACAACGCUCGUCAAGUCACGCCAUGAGCCUCGGUCUUCAGAUGAAGACGGUCAUAUGCGACACACCAGCUUCGACAGGAGACCUCAGCUGCCAAGAACAGAUACAGAAUCCACUGCCUUCUCCGGCCCGACAUCCUACGGGACUUCAUCAGCUCCACACAACCUCUUCUGCCUUUACGCCUGCGAUCUUCAGCGACAUCCGUCUCAACCACUGUCCGCAAGUAUAACAUCCGACCCAUCACCGUACUGUCCGUAUUGUAAGCGCACCAUACACCUCUCGCCCGGAAAGUCGUGGGAGAUCUUCAAGGAAGAUGACGGCAGGGAACGGUGUUUCCGGAUCCAAAAUCGCUUCAUCGUGAAGUGCCAUAGAGACGGUGUUGAUGGAGGAUACACAUGCGUGCUCUGCUCCAACGGCGCUAGCGUCGAUACCAUCUGUGGAGAUGUCAAGGCACUUGUGCGACAUAUAUGGAUGGACCACGGCGCAGGCGAGCUCGAAUUGGAGGAGGAUAUUGACGAAAUCGCCGAGCAGCCGGUUGAGCGGAGAGAUAGCGGACUGGGGCUUGGCAGUAGAAGGAGCGCGAGUGUAGGGCCGAGCAGAGGUAAAGCACGCCGCGGAUUCGAAAAAGAAGUGGAGACGUUCGAGAUCAGAGCGCCUCGACGGGGAGCAUGA